CCACGCUGGCGCGCUCAUGCUGGAAGGAGCGCGUCCUCGAGACAUCUGGACGCUCCAGUAUUCUGCCGACCAGUACCGCCUUCCUUCCCUCUCCUCCGCGCCCACCUUAAACACUUGCAAACAGCCAUGAUUGUUAUCAUCACGUCGUUGCUGUUCUUCCAGCGACAACAGCGAGAUGGAGAGCCCUCAUGAGCACCAGCAGAACCUGCUGCUUUCGCGUAUCAUCACCAACGUUGAGAAACUCAAUGAGGCCAUUGUAGUCAUGAACAAGAGCCUGCAGGACAUCAACGUUCAGAACAUGAAUGUGGAGUUGGUCGCCCAGAUGUUCAAAAACUACCAGUCCAAUGUCCUCUUCCACUUGGAAGCCACGGACAACCUCAAGGAGCCGUCUUGAUUAUGCUUGCUGUUACUACUAGUGGACCACGUUUGGUGCGCGAAGGGAAGCGCUGCGGACGCCUGGUGUUGCUAUUCAAUUGACAAUAUCGCGCGCAAUGAAUUUCAUCGUGAGCAGCUCAUAUAUUUCAGGCGCAUGUAGUAAUACACGUCCGUUCGAGAGA